AAUCAUCUAUUAGGCUUCAACAUUCAGGGGAAUGAAGAUAAAAUUGGGAGUGGUGGUCGGCGGAAUGCUGCCAUUUUUUCCCUAAGAUAAAUUAUUUAAUCAGUCUCUGUUACAUUUGUUUUGUCAUAUUCCUCUGUGGUAUGGAGAGGUUCACCUGCUUAUUCAGUGUUCCCACAGCUUCGUGUCGUGUCUCUUCCUUUAUCCAAUGAAAACCCCCAAGUCACUCAUACCUACUUCCGGACGUAGACUCCUACCGCUGCAGAGUAGCUUUCAGUUCUUAGUGCCUGCGCUACUCAGAAGACGGAUCGUCAUGAACCAUGUGUGUCGUUGCCGGUCGCGUUGGAUUACAAAAGUAUCAUUCUGAGGAUUUUUCUACGGAUAAACAGCAGAUCACAACUAAAGUCCUGAGAAGUAGUGGAUAUCGGCAAGAGUUGCGCUCUGUUGAACAUAAGGAAAUAUCACGGGAGCGUUCAGUAUUCCGUUUGAGGCGUGGAUGACAAAGAGAUUUAUUUGAGUGGGAAAGUAGCCUGUGCACCUCGCCAAAAUGGAAGAGAUCUUUGCUUCUUUUAUUGUGUUAGCAACUUUAGCUCUAUGUGAGGGCAGGGUUGUGAAAGUUCCGGUCGGCCCUUUGGUCCGUGUUGAGGGCCAGGCUGUGUCCCUUCGCUGCGACGUAUCCGACUAUGAGGGUCCCAGAGAUCAGGACUUUGAGUGGACCAUGCUGCAAGCGGGGAAGGAGUUACAGGUUGUGUCAACGUUCGACAGCGCGUAUCCCGACACCCUCUUGAGGGACCGCGUCUCCAGUGGCGACAUUAGCAUCAAGAAGCUCAGCGACUCGUCUGUCGAGCUGAAAAUCAAGAAAGUUCGAGCCACAGACAGUGCCACCUAUCGGUGCAGUACUCCCAGCACGGACACGACGGUCAAAGGGAACUACUUUGCAGAUGUGGCGCUCAAAGUGAUAGGGGACAGCCUGAGGGUGGCGCCGUCAAUCCCAAAGCCUGUGGUGUCUGAAGGGGACCAGCUGGAGCUUCACUGCAACACCACCAGAGCGUUCACCGAGCACACCUCCCUGUCCGUCACGUGGUCCCACAAGAAGGGUGGCUCGCCAGCGUCGGAGAUCCUGACCUUCGGCCCUGAGGACAAGGUCACGGUGGCCACUGGGUCUGCCCAGCGCUAUGCGGACGGCGGGCUCCGAUUGGACCUGCGUGGAGGUGGGUUCUACGGGCUGGUUCUGUCUGGGGCCCGGCCAGAGGACCAGGGGAAGUACGUGUGCACGGCCAGAGAAUGGGUGAGGCAGGCCGGAGGCUCCCUGGACAAGAUUCUGGAGAAGAGUGAGGAGAUGGGCACUGUCACCGUCAAACCUACAGCCAAUUCUCUCCAGGUCACUGUGGAGAAGAACACCACCUUAAACAUGGAGGACACCCUCAACCUCACCUGCUCCGUGGCUGGCGACCUGGCCUCCCUUGGUCUGGAGGUGGAGUGGCUCAUGGGGUCAGACGCGUCCGCCAGCCCACAGGUUGUAGUCCGCAUGGACCGGGACGGGACGGUCACCGGAGGCUCGGCCCAGCUGGCUCUGUCGCGGGUGGCGCCGGGAGACUUUCGACUCGUCGCGCCGAAGGUGGAGCGGUCCAACUCGGGCUGGUACUCCUGCCGUGUGCGGGCCUGGCUGCCCCAGAGCAGCAGCAAGUGGUACCAGGCCGCAGAGAUGACCUCCAACCCGGUCCAGGUUCUGGUGGCCCAGCUCGGUGAGUCCUUGAACCGAACAAUGCAUACUCCACAUCAUGGCGACUUUUUGUCUUCUGCCUCUCUCCUCUUUUGUCUUUCCUUACCUUACAUCUGUAUACCCCCAUUCCUCUCCCUCACUCUCGAUUCCUCUCUCUCCUGCUCUCUCUCUCUCUCUCUCUCUCUCUCUCUCUCUCUCUCUCUCUCCCCAUCUCCCCCACCCUACCUACCUGUGUUUUUUCUUACCUCACAUCUCCUCACUUCAGGUGACGUGUCGUUCGAGGUGCAGUGGUUCCAGUCCCCCAUCCGCGCAGUGGAGAACGGUGGGGCCGAGCCGCUGGUCAGCAUGGACCGCUGGGGUGUGGUGCGAAAGAGCGCGCCGGACGCCAACCUGUCGGCGGACUGCAGCCUGGAGCGCAGCGAUGCCCACACCUUCACGCUGAGCGUGCACGGGACGCGUGACGCUGACGCAGGGGACUAUUACUGCGUGGCCACGCCCUGGCUGCUGGCCCCAGCCUCGGGAGCCUGGAGUAAAGGACGCCAGCUCAAAUCACAGCCCAUAUACCUCUCCAUCAGGCUGGCACUGUGGGCGUCCAUGCGUCUGCCCCUGCUGUGUGGCGUGGGGGCCGCUGUGGCCGUCGGCCUGCUGUCCAUCCUGGUGGGCCUGAUCUGCGCCCAGUGCUGCUGCCGCAACGCGCUGCACACCCCCCGCUCCACCAACAAGCUCAUGGACAUGGAGAUGGACUGACUAACCGCCCCGCCUUUCCCUCCGCUCAGACACGCCUUCAACGGGCGCUCCGCGCGGGAUCGGGAUCGGGGUUGCGACCGAGACCGAGAGGGAGAGGCCGGCUUCCCCCCCUUUUCUCCACUGACCACAGACUCGUUCCCUUCAAUGUGACUCCCAGGCACUCUCUCUUACUCGAGGCUUUUAUGACAAGGCCACACACACACACACACACACACACACGCAAGCACACACACAUACAUUAUACACCGUGACCUAGGGACCGAGCUCUGGCAUGGACGUUAUUGCCAGGUUAUGUUCCAGGAAGAAGCUUUUUGCUCUAGACUGCGCCUCAAAGCCUCUGAGACUGAGGGAAAUAGUUCAAAAGCUGUGUGUGUGAGGGUUUUAAGAGACACUAGUGUAUUUUUUAUACGUGUGUGGUUAUGUGUUCUAAGAGGAAGCUUAUUGCUCGAGACUUCACUUCAAAGACAAAAAGUAUGUUUUUUGUGCGUGCGUGUGUGUUUGCGUGCGUGCGUGUGUGUGUGUGUGUUUGGAGGGGAGGCUUAAACCACUCUGCACAAGACUAUUCAACUGCUCGCUGCUGAGCCAAAUUGACCGACGACGCACUUCUUUCAGGAAAACCUCACCAGCAGUGGCACAGCGUACACACACGGACACACACACACACAAACUACAUUAUAAGUGUUUUUUUAAGUGUAAAGUGGCAGAGUGCUUCUCACAGGUGUGUGUGGGUGUAGAGGGGGCUGUUUAAGGUGGCAGGCUUUAUGUGGAGUGGUUUAUGGACCCUGUGAUUUCUGGUGGUGGUUGGCCUGAAACAGACUGCUAUGCAUCGUAUUGGAGGAGAGUAACAGGAGAGACACUUGACCCUGUGAUGGAGACUCUCUCUGCAGGGGGGCUGCCCAGCAUCCACCUGACUGGAAAUCCUGUUUGAUGUUGUGUUUCCAUGAUGAUAUCCCCAUCCACCCCACCCAGGAGCACUACUGCAACCCCCCCCCCCCCCCCCCCCCCACACACACACACAGGCUGGCUGAGCUCCAGUAGGCGCACCAGGCCUUGUCAGGCGGUUGUUCCCCAUGGAGGAGGGUCUGUCAGGGCAGACAUGUCACUCUCACUCCCCAGUGACCUCUGACCCUGUCAGAAAUGGGGAGUAGUGUGUGUAUGUGUCUGUCUGUGGUCAUGAACUUUCAAAAAGGGAGCAGAGGAGUGCUAUGUUUUGUGUGUGUGUGUGUUUUACCAGUUUAAGCAUGCAUCUCAAAAACCCUGACAGACUAUAUCCUUUUCUUCGCCUUGGUGCCUCUGCAAUGUACCCUUAAACACACACACACACACACAAACACACAUUGUAAACACUUUCUCGGUCUGCCUGGAGGUCAUCCAUAUGGAAUGUCCUAAGACUGGAGCCAGCUGUUACACUUAAACCCCCUGACUGUGCAGAGUCGGAGGGCUAGUCAUGACGUGAAGCCAUCCCAGUAUAAAGAGUGCCACCCUGCUGGCGAAAACAAGCACAGCACCCAGGGGAAGAAAAAACCCCUCUUCUUCCUGGCCUAUCAGAAGACGGGGAGAAGAAGUGUUUAGACUGACCAGUCUUUUGCACACAGACAUAGACAUUUUUAAUCUGUAAUAUUUCACUGUUUUAAAUAUAAAUGUUCGGAGAAGGGGGGAUGUUUUAUAAAUGUGAGUUGAUUUUGGAAUGUUCUGCUUGGUUCUUCAAGAAUUCCUCUGUUCAUGCUUGCCCCCCCCCCCCCCCCCCUCUUUCUGCCUCUCCGAGAUCAAUAAGGAUUUUUUUGUUCUCCACAUGCCCAAGUUACAAUCCACUCUCCCAACAGAAAGAGAGAAUGAAAAAACAGAAAAAUGGAUCCAAGAAGCCUUCCAAAAAUUGAUACCAUAAUAAAAGUUUUAUAUGCAA